CGAGGGUUUCUGGUCAGUAUAAUCAAGUUGUUUCAAUCAUUUUGAUUUCAUUUUUAGGGUGGGGGAUAAUUUUGGGGAUUAGUUGAUGAUGUUGAUUUGGAGAUUAAUUAAUCCGGCGAUGAAAAAUCUGAUGAAGUAUGUAGUGAUAUCCACUGUGACAUCAUACAUGAUAAUGAAUACUGUUGCCAUGACAACAAACAACCGUGUCCUUCUGAGUGGAGUGUUGGUUGGUUCGGCUCUUGCUGCGUCAUACUACGGGGGCUACACCUUUAGUCCAGAAGAGUUGGCAACACUGACGACUGCUGUUCUUGUCUUGAACUUUCCUAGAAAACAGAAAGCGGAAGAUUCGUGCACUGCACCGGGAUAUAUCAGCGACCCAGUGAUGGGCUGCUAUCGUCUGUAUAAGGAAAGUAAGAACAGUGCUGAUGCCAAACAGCAGUGUGCUAAUGAUGGAGGGCGGCUCCUGCUAAUAAACUCUGCAGCAGAGUUUACGAAAUUGGUCUCCUUACUAAAUCAAGAAUCGAUCGUUGACCUUUGGGUUCAUGGAUCGAGAAGUUCCGUUUCCUCGCCAUGGCUGACUGACAACGGCAACCCUUUGCCUUACAUUUGCGAUGGUUAUAAAACGUCGACUAGACCUACAACAUUAGCGUUUGGUAUGAAUGCCGAUGGAACGUGUGGUGGACUACCGAUUCAAGCUCCAAUAUCUUUUAUUUGUGAAAUUUGAUUUGCAUGAGAAUAAAAAAGAAAACAAACUAAAGUUCCAGUUCAAUAAAAUUUGCAGACAUAAUUCUUUUUGUUUAAUUUGAAAACUUCAUUACAAUAACUAAAAUAGAAUGACAAGUCUAAUCUUUUUUUUGUUAACAAUACCAUUUAUUUGAAACAAAUUAUUACCCUGUUCGACAUUUUGAUUUGCAUUAUAGAAAGAGUUAUUUACCUUGUAUAAACUGAUGCCAUCAAAUUAGCUUACAUGAUUGUACAAAAUAACUUAUGAUAAAAUAGUAAAUAUUGUGUCUUGUGGAAUGAUUUUGACCAAAAAAAUUCAGAUAAAACCAAUAUCCUUAUUUUGAUUUCUAUGAUUAU